AUGAUUUCGAACGAUUCUAAUAAAUCUGUGAACAGUAAGACAAAAUUUGUUGAACAAGACGAAAAUGAUGAAAGUAGUUUACUUAUACUAAAAACACCUGUCAUAAAACGACCAAAAUCUAGAGGUUCUAAAAAGCCAAAAUAUACGAAACGAGCUAAAAAACUGAGACGGAAAAAACUAACUCAUCGUAGUCGUUCACAACCACAACCACAAACACAGUUAACAUUAGAUGAUGAAAAAGAUUUGAUCGACUCGUCUGUGACACCAAAAAGGAAAGGAAAAAAUUCAUCAAACUCUGUAAUAGAAACGACAACAUCCAAAGAAAAUAUAGAUUUACUUAAAACUACACCAAAUAAACAAUGUCGAGAAAGUGAAAGACGAUCAAAAUCACACAAUGAACAAAUAUCAUUGUCAGCAUCAAAGCAGCCUAGUUUGAAAUCCGAUUCAAAGUCAAAAUCAAAAUCAAAUUCGAAGACGAAAAGUGGCGAAGAAACAACGAAUACAAAUGUGAAAUCAAAAUCAAAAAUAUCAUCGCGAAGAUAUAAACCUCAAAGAUCUAUUUUAAGAAGAGAAGGUGUGCCAACAAGACGAACAUUGUCUGGAAUUGGAGGUGUAGUUAUCAAUGAUCAUCCACAAAUUACGCUCAUUUCACCACGAAGAAAAAGAGGAAAAAACUAA